CAUUUUCUUCAUUCGUUUUUCAUCACUCGCCGGUGGGACACGUACACGUCGUUCGUUCUGAAGUGAUCAUCUUAUAAAAGCUGAAUUAACUGCAAAAAAGUAGUUCCAGUUGCAAUAACUUAACACGGUUUGACUCACAACUUGUUACUGUUCUGAGCUAUUACUGAGUUUUUCAGUAUGAGUACGACUGAGAAUCAACCGAACGCGACUAACAAUCCGGAUGCGUCCCAAGCAUCGGAACCUAAGAAGGAGACGGUAACUGGUGUGCAAGAGGCUAAGCCCUCCGCCGAGGCCACCAACGAUAAGGCCGAUUCUACCGCUGAGUCAGCACCAACGGCGAUGGAAACUGAGCCGGCGGCUGCUACUAACGGUGGUGAAUCUGAGCCUGCGAAUGCGGAAGCCAAACCUUCGACUGACGAGUCGAAGAAAACUGAGGGAGCCAACGGUCAAACGAGCGAGAAAAAAGAACGCCCACGUUUUACUACCGUGGCCAGAAAACGAUUCCGAUUGUUGAUAGGCCAGGGGUACAGCCGCAGUGAGGCCGCUCGUUUGGCCCAAGAGCCACUCAAACCCGGUGUUGCCCCCAAAGGGCAGAAGAAAGCAAAGUUCGACUUCGAUGAAGAACGUAAAAAGCUUACCGGAGCGGGAAAGAAGCGACUCGGGUGGUUGCUUAGGAAUGGCUUUAGUGAACAAGAGGCCAUAGCACAGGCUCGUAAGCCAAUGGACGCCCUCAGGCGUGGUAGAGCCAAUGCCCUCGGUGGCAAUUCGGCUUUUAGUCUACCAACAGAGAAAAGGGCAGGAUCUGGUGUGAUUGCUAUGGCUGUAGUAAAAUCCGAUCAUCCAUUAAAUGUUCUCACGAAAGAGCAAUCUAACAAGAUUAAAUCCGGCAUCCUAAAACAGGUAACGCAGCAAAAAGACUCGCAGCUUAAGCCACGUUUUGAGGACUGCGUGUUUGUAAACGGGUAUUUGCGGGUUAUAUGCUCGGAUAGGCCAACCGUUAAAUUUCUUCAGCAAAACGUGCCCAAACUAGAGCUGUGGAAAGACGCUUCUGUGAAGGUUGUUAAUGAGAAAAACAUCCUGAAAAUUGAAACGUACAUUGGUUACUUCGCCGAUAGCCGCCAGAAUAGCAACGAAGAAAUCUUAAACUUUGUAGAGUGUCAGAACGAUGGCCUCAGCACGUCCAAUUGGAAGAUUCUAGGAAGAAAAGAAACUUCGGGCAAAAUGAUUGAACUGAAAAUAACGAUGGAUCCAGCAUCUACGAAAAUUGUUCGCGAACUUGGCUACGAACUGAACUACAAAUUCAACAAAAUUAAAGUUGUCAAACUGCAACAACCAAAUGCACCAGCACAGAAUUCAAAUGCUUCAAUGCAGAGAGCACCAGUGCAAAAGGCUCAAAUGCAAAGAGGUCCAAUGCAGAGAGCUUCGGGUGCACCAAGAAAUCAAAACCCACCGAGACGGAAUUUUGUUCCCGUUUGGGACAACAACAUGUCUAAACAAACGGUGUUUAACCGUGCGCCAAGUCCUCCCAGAAGGAGUAAUUUCGACAAUUUUGACAGUAACCAGUUUAAUUCCGGCUCGCGCGGCAAUAACUGGGGAGGCAACUCUAAUUCAUUCAACAAUGGCAGUGGUGGUGGCGGCGGUGGCCAAUCCAACAGCCGCCCCCUAAGCUUGGUUGACAAUUUAUUCGCCCAGUUAAAUCGCACCCUUUCUGCUAAUGACAACAGAGGUAACAAUAGAAGUAACAACAGUUUCGAUCGGCAAGGAUCACGUCGCGCCAACAACUUUAGUAGCGGUCCGUACGGUGGUCGCACGGGAGGCCGAUCAUUCAAUUCAAGAUCAGGCUUUUUCUAAGGAAAAACCAUACCCUUUUCAGAAUACGCAUAUAUUACUUUAAGUCUUAACGCAUUGAUAGAAUUGGUUCCACUCAAUCAAGAAUAAUAAACUAUGACCUCAAACCCUA